GCGAAUUAGAUAUGGGCCACGUAACCACACCCCUAAAUCUCUAUCGCUGUCCGGGUGCGCAAUCUGUUUGUCCGUGUUCUGUGUGCAUGUGCAGUGGGUUGGUAGGCAUUUUGUUUAAUUCGUUCUGCAGCCUAGUCAGACAACCCACGUGCCAGUGUCGAUUCGGUUAAAUCCAAGAUAGCACUCGAGUCAGAGCAGCCGAAGCCAGCGCGGUUUUUUUACGGGAUGAAAUAAAAACUGUUUCGGGACCAUUGCUAGGUGGGAGUGUUGGGGGCGCCGCAGGUGUGUCACGAACAGGGUCGCGAGACUGACGAGUGGUCAGUCUGGUCCAACUUUGCCGAACAAAGCCGUUAAAUUCACGGUGGCAGAAUCAAUGACUGACUGAGUACUCUGGAGCAAGCAGCAGGGAGAUCAAUCAACAUGUUCAAAUUGGUCUUCCCGCUGAAGAAGCUGAGACGGAGUCGGAAACAUCUGCUGUUCUUAGCCCUGCUGAUGCUGGGAGCUUUCGCUGUUUAUCAGGAGUUUGUAGCUACUAGUGUGUGGAGGAUCACCAAUAGCCGUUUCAGUCCUACCAUUGAGGGCAGUCCCAGGAGAAGACCUACCCAAGAAAGAGUGGUUGGAGGUGAUGUGGGGGAGGAUUAUUCAGAAGCCUGGCGUUCCAGCUACACCCCACAGCCCUGGAGGCCAGAGUAUAAGGGACAGGUUAAUCUCCAUAUCUUUGAGGACUGGUGUGGCAGCUCUACAGCUCAGCUCCGCAAGAACCUGCACUACCCACUCUACCCACACUCUAGAACCACUGUAAAGAAGCUGGCUGUUUCUCCUAGAUGGACCAACUAUGGCCUCAGGAUCUUUGGCUAUCUCCACCCCUAUACUGACGGUGAGUUUGUGUUUGCGGUGAGCUCUGAUGAUAACUCUGAGUUCUGGCUGAGCCGGGAUGACUCUCCACUCAACCUGCAGCUACUGACCUGGAUCGGCAAGACUGGCAUGGAGUGGACGGCACCUGGUGAGUUUGGGAAGUACGCCAGUCAGAAAUCCAGACCGGUUAGGCUGUCAGUUCAGAGGAUGUACUUCUUUGAGAUCGUCCAUAAACAGAACGACAGAGGAACAGACCACAUGGAGGUAGCGUGGCAGCUGAACCAGGAGGGUCUAAGCUUUACAGUCAUCAGCUCCAAGUACAUAUCCCUCUAUACCAAUGAGUCCGCUCUGAGGAUGAGUGACACCACUCACAUACCCCAAACGGCCGCCAGUCACACCCGCACGCCUAGCAACCAGCCUGACAACCAACUGAGCAGCCAGCCUGUGGCCGACAUGCGGAGAGUUGACCCACGGGACACCCUCUACCAGAUCCCUGCCCUAGACAGUAGGUACCUCCGUGGUGUGUUACCUGACUGCUCCUAUAAACCAAGCUACAUCAUCAAAGGCUUUCCUCUGCUGCGAUACCAGGGUCUGCAGUUUGUCCACAUGUCCUACAUCUACCCCAAUGACUACACACGGCUCACACAGAUGGAGACAGAAAACACCUGCUUCUACCACAACAGUCCCCUAGACCUGGACAGGUAUGGCUUUUCCAGGUACAUGCGGCUGGAUGAGCCAGAGGGGCAGGAGGGAGAGAACAGAGCCAGAGAUAUUGGCAUCUCGAUGAGGAGAAAGGCGGUCCCAGAGGAGGGGUUAGAUGGCGAGGCUCCUCCAAAUGUGGGAGGGGCUAGUGAGACAGACCACACCCCUCCUGACUAUGGAGACGACUAUGACGAUUACGCCAAGAGACGACGACGCAAACUCUUCUCCCUGCCACAGGCCGACAGGGCACCUACACAUAGAAACAUGUCUGAUACUCUCACAUACAAGAAGAGGAGGAGGAAGAAGAGGAGAGGAUCUAAUGCAGCAGCUGUAGUCCAGACCAGAGCAACAGAACUGGAUGGGUUAGAGAUCCCUCAUGGUCCUGGGUCACAUAAACCUAUACAGAAUACACCAGAAGAAAAGCUGAGACCAGCAGACAGACCAGCAGAUAGACCAGUUGAACAGCUCAGACCAGCACAAAAAAUAAAGUCCCGAACAGGGGAACAGAAACCAGGAGGGAAUCCAGCAGACAGAGAAGAUCUGGGUCCAGCAGACCAAAAUCAACCCAGACCAAGAGAGGGACCAGCAGAACAGAACUCAACUGGGUUAAAGAUUUUACCUUCACCACAAAAACUAGACCAGAAUAUGCCAACAGACAGAGACAGACCAGCAGAGCGAUACAGACCAGCAGAGAGAGACAGACCAGCAGAGAGAGAAAAGCUAGCAGACAGACCAGCAGACGGACCAGCAGACAGAGACGGACUAGCAGACAGAUCAGCAGACAGAGACAGACCACAAGUUCGGCUACCCCAGCUGCAAGGGAGGCGCCGGCGCGUUCAACAGCCUGGUCAGAGGGGUGGGACUAAGAUUAAAUCACCUCUAGAGAAGUUGUACCACAAAGCAACUGUAACUAGGAAGAGAGUCCAGGACCUAGAUACAGAUAUCAUCCUCCGAGCACAAACACAUAUAAAGUCACGACCGCAACCUGACUAUGACAACACAGUCCACAGGGCUCUGCCCCCUGGCGAGGUCAGAGGAAGGAACCAUCUGGUUGAAGGGAUUGAAAGAGGGGGGGAGGGUGAGAGAAAGGGGGAGGAGAUGGGUGUGAGUGAGUCUUUAUGGAGUCUGGGGGGAGACUCUGAAGAGGAGGAGGGGCUGGCUUAUGACUCCACGCCUCCACCGGUGUUUGACCCUGAGGUGAACUGGGCUCAGACAUUCCAGGUGACCCCUGUUAACCUCCAGGCGAUGCGUUCUGAUUGGAUAGACCUAAGCUGUAACGUGUCUGGUAACCUGCUGCUCCGCCCUAGUGAUGCUCUGCCUGUCGUCAAGGCCUUCAUGGACAAACUAAACCACAGACACAACAGGCAUUUCUCCCUGGUGCGUGUGCUGAAUGUUGAGAGGAAAGUGGAUGGGGUUCAGGGCAGCAGGUACUUCCUGGAGCUGGAGCUAAGGGACAUGACUGGCCAACACCUUCGUCUGUCACACUACAUCUAUGCUCUGAUUCGCCAUAAUCGAUCUCGCCCCAGGGGAGUCCUUCGCCGUGCCCCUGAGACGUUGCUAUGCAAGCCUCUAGGCUUCCACUGGAACCCGACUGCCACUGUACACUUCAUAGUACCAGUAAAGAACCAGGCCCGCUGGGUGCAGCAGCUGAUAGUUGACAUGGAGGGUCUGUACCAGACCACUGGAGACCCCUACUUCAACCUCAUCAUCACUGACUACAACAGCACUGACAUGGAUAUAGAGGCAGCACUAAAGGCAUCCACGCUGCACAGGUACCAGUACGUGAAGCUGAGUGGAAACUUUGAGCGUUCCGCUGGUCUACAGGCUGGCAUCGACCUCAUCAAUGAUGAGCACAGUAUAGUGUUUCUGUGUGACCUUCACAUCCACUUCCCCCCCUCCAUCAUCGACUCAGUCAGGAAACACUGUGUGGAGGGACACAUGGCCUUCGCCCCCAUCGUCAUGAGACUGGACUGUGGGGCUACGCCCAAGGAGCCCAGAGGUUACUGGGAGGUGAAUGGGUUUGGUCUGCUGGGGAUCUAUAAGUCUGACCUGGAUGCAGCAGGAGGCAUGAACACACACGACUUCACUGACCGCUGGGGCGGAGAGGACUGGGAGCUGCUGGACAGGAUUCUGCAGUCGGGUCUGGAGGUGGAGCGUAUCUACCUGAGGAACUUCCUGCAUCACUACCAUUCUAAACGUGGCAUGUGGAACCGGCGCACUCAACGCAGUGGCACGUAACCCACAACCACACAGCCAAAUUGUACAAUGAUGCAGCCAUAACCCACUACGACGCAGCUGUAACUCACGACGACACAUCCGUGGCCACAAGGAAAUCAAGGAAACUGGCACACUCUAAUGUCCCCACUCCUCGCAUCAGCCAUUUACAGCUGUCGACUGGUUAACGAGAGGGCAGGACAGAGGAGAUUCCUGACAUACCAUUGGGUGAUAUCUCCUGUCAUUCAAACUGUUUGAGGGUGUGGUGAUUAUGAAAUACAGAACAUAGUACUAACUGUCCUGGAAGAAGACACUCCUGAACUAGUGCAGAGGUACUUAAAUCUUAACAUGGAGGUCCACAGUACUACUGGUUAGCCAGAGAGUCCACUCACCCAAGUCUGAAUCAGUACACACACACACACACACAUCUUGUUAAAUAUCAGUGAUCAUACAGAAUUUGUAUGUAAUCAGGACCGUGCUUAUUUAUUGACAAUGACAGGAUGCACCAAUGUUACACUUUAUUCUACCAGUGUAAUACUUUAUUUCAGUUUAAAACAUGGUUUUAUUAAUAUAAUUAAUUAAGAUGGGGGGGAAAAGGGAUGACUUCUGAUAGAAGAGACUAUUAUUGAGGCAUGGGGGGCUUACUGUACUGGAUGGGGAUAUUUCCCUUAAAGCAAUGUGCAUCAUGAAGCCCUGAAUUCACCCGAGUGCUUGCUGUAUAGCUCUACCACCUCAGAGCUCUACUACUGACUCUUGGAUGUGACAUUGUGCCUACUGAAUGUGUCCUUCAAAGCGCUGUCCAUUUAAUUUUCUUUGGAUUAUACUUCAGAGGAUCCCGCGCCCAAAGGCGUUUGGAGAUAUUUUAAGCAAGUUAACAAUUUUUUAUGCAACACUGCGCCUUCUCUACAGCUCCACUAAAAUGAGAAAACUUUUGGAAUUGGGAAGUACAACUUGAACAUGUCAGUUAAAUGCAAAAUGUUGUUUUCUAUUUCACAAUACGAUUAGGGGUAUCAUAGGACCUUGUAUAUACAGUUGAAGUCGGAAGUUUACAUGCACUUAGGUUGGAGUCAUUAAAACUAGUUUUUCACACCACUCCACAAAUUUCUUGUUAACAAACUAUAGUUUUAGCAAGUCGGUUAGGACAUCUACUUUGUGCAUGACACAAGUAAUUUUUCCAACAAUUGUUUACAGACAUAUUAUUUCCCUUAUAAUUCACUGUAUCACAAUUCCAGUGGGUCAGAAGUUUACAUACACUAAGUUAACUGUGCCUUUAAACAGCUUGGAAAAUUCCAGAAAAGGAUGUCAUGGUUUAGAAGCUUCUGAUAGGCUAAUUGACAUCAUUUGAGUUAAUUGGAGGUGUUCCUGUGGAUGUAUUUCAAGGCCUACCUUCAAACUCAGUGCCUCUUUGCUUGACAUCAUGGGAAAAUCAAAAGAAAUCAGCCAAUACCUCAGAAAAGACCUCCACCAGUAUGGUUCAUCCUUGGGAGAAAUUUCCAAACGCCUGAAGGUACCACGUUCAUCUGUACAAACAAUAGUAUGCAAGUAUAAACACCAUGGAACCACAGCUGUCAUACCACUCAGGAAGGAGACGUGUUCUGUCUCCUAGAGAUGAACGCACUUUGGUGCGAGAAGUGCAAAUUAAUCCCAGAACAACAGCAAAGGACCUUGUGAAGAUGCUGGAGGAAACAGGUACAAAAGUAUCUAUAUUCAUAGUAAAACAAGUCCUGUAUCAACAUAACCUGAAAGGCCACUCAGCAAGGAAGAAGUCACUGCUCCAAAACCGCAAUAGAUCGUACUUUUUGGAGAAAUGUCCACUGGUCUGAUGAAACAAAAAUAGAACUGUCGGCCAUAAUGAUCAUCGUUAUGUUUGGAGGGAAAAGGAGGAUGCUUGCAAGCCGAAGAACACCAUCCCAACUGUGAAGCACGGGGGUGGCAGCAUCAUGUUGUGGGGGUGCUUUGCUGCAGGAGGAACUGGUGCACUUCAAAAAAUAGAUGGCAUCAUGAGGUUGGAAAAUGAUGUGGAUAUAUUGAAGCAACAUCUCAAGACAUCAGUCAGGAAGUUAAAGCUUGGUCGCAAAUAGGUCUUCCAAAUGGACAAUGACCAAAAGCAUACUUCCAAAGUUGUAGCAAAAUGGCUUAAGGACAACAAAGUCAAGGUAUUGGAGUGGCCAUCACAAAGCCUUGACCUCAAUCCUAUAGAACAUUUGUGUGCAGAACUGCAAAGGCGUGUGCGAGCAAGGAGGCCUACAAACCUGACUCAGUUAUACCAGCUCUGUCAGGAGGAAUGGGCCAAAAUUCACCCAAUUUAUUGUGGGAAGCUUGUGGAAGGCUACCUGAAACGUUUGACCCAAGUUAAACAAUUAAAGGCAAUGCUACCAAAUACUAAUUGAGUGUAUGUAAACUUCUGACCCACUGGGAAUGUGAUUAAAGAAAUAAAAGCUGAAAUAAAUCAUUCUCUGGUGUUAAUAUCUGUCUGAUUGCAACAGGGCCAACACAACAGGGCCUACACACACCCGGCAACGUGACAAAGAACACACAGAGAGGGUGGGACUGAGACAGGUAAUGGCGGACCGAACGUUGUUAUGUCGAGCACCUCAAGACAAAAAUAUUGGCAAGUUAGACUAAAUAUUAGCACUACACGAUCUGGUGGGGGAUAUCCUUCAAUCUGGAUAAUAACACAAAACAAAUCUUAAGACGAGAGACGUUUAUCGACAAAUAUUAUGAAAACAAGCAACACCCAAACAUGAUGGAGAGUAAAACAGGGGAACCGAUUUCAAAACGAAAACGUGACUCUUCUACAGACACAGACGAUUUAAUAUUUUCACCACCGGGAAUGGUAAAGGUCGAAACCGAUCUGUUAAAAUCAAUAAAUGACAAACUGGGUAUACUUGAAUUAGACAGUAAGGAUAUAGAAGAGUUGAAGGCAAGCCUCGAGAUGAGUGACGAAAAAUCUGCGACAUUGGAGAAGGAAACAAAGAAGUUAAAAGGAACAGUCAUUACGAUUGAACCCGAAGUGAAUGAACUUAAAAAGGAGAACAUUGUUCUGAUAGAAACCUUGCUUAACAUACAGACUAGAUCCAUGAGAGAGAAUCUGGUACUUACAGGUAUCCAGGAGAAAGAAGGAGAAGUUCCUGAAUCUGUAGUUAGAGAGUUCCUCCUUACAGUGCUUCAGAUUCCACGCGGAGCUAUCGACAAAAUCCAACUCGAACAUGUACACCGCUUUGGACAGAGAGGGCAAAGGUAUGAACGCCCAAUCAUUGCCAAAUUUGCUUCCUUUAAGGAUAAAAUAAUGGUUAAAAGCCUGGGUUUAAGACUUGCUGGGACCAAAAUUUGAAUGAAUGAUCAGUUCCCAAAGGAAAUUGCAGAACGGCGUAAAGUUCUGUAUCCAAUUUUCAAGGAAAAUAGAUUAAAAGGGAAACAAGUAGCUUUCAUCGUCGAUAAACUAUAUAUUGAUAACCAGUUGUUCAGAAACACAAAGACUACUCCAUGGUUAUUUUAAAAAUGACAAAGUUCUUAUAGACGAGGAAAAUAAUGAAACAAUUCUUGCCCGGUUAUGGAUUGUAACAAUACAAUAAAAAAAAGCAUUUCUAUACAUCUUCAAAUAUAAGUAAUUGGAACAGACAAGCACUAAUUCAACAUGGUGAAGAUAAACACUCAGUAAACAGAAGACACAGUAUGUGUGGAUGGUGUGACAUGUGUUUAUUUAUUAUUAUUUUUGUUAUGUUUGGGAAAGUGUGGUGUUGAGUGAGAAAGGAAAUGGUUGCAUAUCCCUGAGCCAAUGUAUUGCUGUGAGCAGGGGUGUGAGAGAGCUUUCAAUGUUGUUCAGAUGAGGGAUAUACUUUUAAUAAUGAAUUAUACAUCUUAUUUAUUGUCCUAUCAUGGUUGAACUGUUUUAAAAUAAAUUAUACAUUUAUUAUU